GGUUGACAUUUAACUACUCACAACAUCAACUAAUCAAUACAUCCACUUCCGUCAUCGCCGGACAUAAUCAUGACCACCACCACAAUCCGCCGCUGACAUCACCGCACCCUACUCCUAUAAAUAAAUUUAUAUAUACACACAUCUAUAUCUAUAUCUAUAUAUCCUUUUCUCCGUCAAACCCGCCUCUGUGUCUUUCAAUUUCUCCAUUUGCCAAACAUUCACCUCACAAACUUUCCCCUUUUUCCUCAUCAAAUCAACACACAUCACAACAUCCAAUUCAUCUGAUCCUAAUCUCAUUACACUCAACACUUCAAAUGCUACAACAAUUCGGUUGAAUCGAACAAACAUCCAGCAGAUAUGGUGGUUCGAAAAGUCGGAAAGUAUGAAGUCGGAAGAACAAUCGGUGAAGGAACCUUCGCCAAGGUCAAAUUCGCUCAGAACACAGAGACCGGUGAGAGUGUCGCCAUGAAAUUACUCGAUCGAGCUACUAUAAUCAAGCAUAAAAUGGUCGAUCAGAUUAAGAGAGAGAUAUCUAUAAUGAAGCUGGUUAGACAUCCGAAUGUUGUUCGUCUGCAUGAGGUACUGGCUAGCCGAACGAAAAUCUAUAUAAUUUUGGAGUUUAUUACAGGUGGUGAGCUGUUUGAUAAAAUUGUUCGCCAUGGACGGCUCAGUGAAGCGGAAUCUAGAAGAUUUUUUCAGCAGCUAAUUGAUGGUGUAGAGUAUUGCCAUAGUAAAGGAGUAUACCAUAGAGAUUUGAAGCCUGAAAAUCUUUUGUUGGAUUCCCAAGGAAAUUUGAAAAUUUCAGAUUUUGGACUCAGUGCAUUGCCUGCAGAAGGUGUCAGCAUCCUUCGAACAACUUGUGGGACUCCUAACUAUGUUGCACCCGAGGUACUUAGCCACAAAGGUUACAACGGUGCGUUGGCUGACGUUUGGUCAUGUGGGGUCAUCCUAUAUGUACUGGUGGCAGGAUACCUCCCGUUUGAUGAAAUGGAUCUCACCACAUUGUAUGAUAAGAUCAAUAAAGCUGACUUUUCAUGCCCAUCAUGGUUUCCAGUAGGGGCAAAAUCGUUAAUUCAUCGAAUUUUAGAUCCAAAUCCCGAAACACGUAUUUGUAUUGAAGAAAUUAAGAAUGAUGAAUGGUUCAAAAAGAAUUAUAUCCCUGCUAGACUUAUUGAAUAUGAAGAUGUAAAUCUAGACGACGUGAAUGCUGUUUUUGAUGACUCAGAGGAAGAGCGGCCUGAUGAGCAAAACACAGAUGAAGACACAGGUCCUUUGUCGCUUAAUGCAUUUGAUAUGAUAAUUUUAUCUCAAGGCUUGAACCUGGCUUCCAUGUUUGACCGCGGACAGGACUCUGUGAAGCACGUAACUCGUUUUGUGUCUCAAAAGCCUGCAAAGAUUGUUUUAUCAAGUAUGGAAGUUGUUUCCCAGUCAAUGGGUUUCAAGACGCACAUUCGAAAUUACAAGAUGAGGGUUGAAGGGCUUUCUGCCAGUAAAACCUCCCAUUUUUCAGUUAUCUUGGAAGUUUUUCAAGUGACCUCCAGUUUCGUCUUGGUUGACAUUGAGAAAGCAGCAGGAGAUAGUGGUGAAUACCUUAAGUUUUACAAGAACUUCUGCAACAAUCUAGAGGAUAUCAUCUGGAAGCCACCUACCGAACACCAGGGAAAAUCCAAGAUCACAAAAUCUAAGAGCAAGCAGCGUUAGUUGGUAUGCAUGGCCAGGCUAAGAAUGGAAAAAAAGGUCAAAACGGCGUUGUUGACUGAAAUAUGCAGGCAAGCAAACUUGAAUGCAGAGGGUUUUAUGUUUGGUUUGAUAUGGAAUAUGUUUCUUUAUGUAGAGAGCAUAGUAAUGCGAUGAAUACAUGUUUUUUCUCUUUUGUUUUGGAACAAAUUAUAAUAGUAUUAAGAGUGAAGAAGAUCUAAUCUCUCUCUGUACUCUCC